ACUGGGAAGGGAGACCGCGCGCAGUGCGAGAAAUGGAGCCCGGCGGCGAAACGGAGGAGGCGGAGGCGGCGCCGCCGAGGGUUCUGGCGGUGCUGACGCAGGUGCUGGAGCGGCUGGUGGCGCGGAACGACAGGAUCGGCCCGGAGGCGGAGCGAUGGCCGGAGAAUGCGGAGGACGGGUGGCAAAGGCGGCAACGGGGCCUGGCGGCGUUCCGGGCAGCCCGGCCGCCGAGUAUCAGCGUGGGAAAGUACCUGGAGCGGAUUCAUCGGUACACCGGAUGCAGCCCCUCAUGCUUCGUGGUGGGAUUCGUGUACAUCGAUCGGGCGGUCCACCGCAACCCGGGAUCUCUCGUCGUAUCGCUCAAUGUCCACCGUCUGAUCCUCACCAGCGUCCUGAUCGCCUCCAAGGUUCUCGACGACAUGCAUCACAAUAAUGCCUUUUUCGCAAGGGUUGGAGGCGUGAGCAACACAGAGCUAAACCAAUUAGAGCUAGAGUUGCUCUUCUUGUUGGACUUUAGAGUCAUGGUCAGUUCACAUGUUUUUGAGAGCUAUUACUUGCACUUGGAGAAGGAAAUGAUGUGGAGCAUGACUAAUCAAAAGAUUACGAGAGCUAUCUUUGAUGAUCUACAAGAUGGUGAAGCAAAAGGAUCUGUAAAUGAUGCUAAUCAGUGUUCUUUGUCAUCACCGUAUCAUUCUAUAGAUUAAUAAUACUAUAAUAUUUUUAAUAAUUUUCAUCCUUAGAUGUUGAAAUUUACAAACUAAUAUAAAUCAUAUACAUAAAAGUAACAAAAAAAAUACCUUAAUGGGAUGGACUCUUUUUUUGCUAUUGAAAACUUUCAUAGAUGGAAAAGAAACAAGAGAAAAAUAAUUGAAAAGAAAAAGUUUACAUGGUUUAGAAACAUUUUAUAGUUGAACAAGUUUCUUUUCCUUUUUUUUUUUGAUUUAGUGAAUGUCUAGAAGUCAUUAUAAAGAAGAAAAAUAUUGUAGAAAAUGUCAAUGAUUUUCUUGUGCAUCCAUGAACUAUUCAUUAUACAUGAAAAAAAUGAUGAAAAGGUGAAUUGAUAGUCAUCUCCUACUAAUCAUUUUAUCAAAGUGAUGGUCAGUGUUAGAGCAGUGCUACAAUGACUCAAUAAUCUUAAAUAGAUGGAUAAGUUUUUGUGGCUU